GGAGCGGAGCGGCGGCGGCGGCGGCGCGGCGCAGGGCGCGGGGCGGCAUGGCCACCACCGCGCAGUACCUGCCGCGGGGCCCCGGUGGCGGAGCCGGGGGCACCGGGCCGCUGAUGCACCCGGACGCUGCGGCGGCAGCGGCGGCGGCGGCGGCCGCCGAGCGACUGCACGCAGGGGCCGCGUACCGCGAAGUGCAGAAGCUGAUGCACCACGAGUGGCUGGGCGCGGGCGCGGGCCACCCCGUGGGCCUAGCGCACCCCCAGUGGCUACCCACCGGAGGAGGCGGCGGCGGCGACUGGGCCGGCGGCCCGCACCUAGAACACGGCAAGGCAGGCGGCGGCGGCACCGGCCGAGCCGACGACAGCGGCGGCGGCGGAGGUUUCCACGCGCGCCUGGUGCACCAGGGGGCGGCCCACGCGGGCGCGGCAUGGGCGCAGGGCAGCACGGCGCACCACUUGGGCCCAGCCAUGUCGCCGUCGCCCGGGGCCGGCGGGGGCCACCAGCCUCAGCCGCUCGGGCUGUACGCGCAGGCGGCCUACCCGGGGGGCGGUGGCGGCGGCCUGGCCGGGAUGCUGGCGGCGGGCGGUGGCGGCGCGGGGCCGGGCCUGCACCACGCGCUGCACGAGGACGGCCACGAGGCGCAGCUGGAGCCGUCGCCGCCGCCUCAUCUGGGCGCCCACGGACACGCACACGGACAUGCACACGCGGGCGGCCUGCACGCGGCGGCGGCACACCUGCACCCGGGCGCGGGCGGCGGCGGCUCGUCGGUGGGCGAGCACUCGGACGAGGAUGCGCCCAGCUCGGACGACCUGGAGCAGUUCGCCAAGCAGUUCAAGCAGCGGCGCAUCAAGCUGGGCUUCACGCAGGCCGACGUGGGGCUGGCGCUGGGCACGCUCUACGGUAACGUGUUCUCGCAGACCACCAUCUGCCGCUUCGAGGCCCUGCAGCUGAGCUUCAAGAACAUGUGCAAGCUCAAGCCGCUGCUCAACAAGUGGCUGGAGGAGACCGACUCGUCCAGCGGCAGCCCCACCAACCUGGACAAGAUCGCGGCGCAGGGCCGCAAGCGCAAGAAGCGCACGUCCAUCGAGGUAGGGGUCAAAGGCGCGCUCGAGAGCCACUUUCUCAAGUGCCCCAAGCCCUCGGCGCACGAGAUCACCGGCUUGGCCGACAGCCUACAGCUGGAGAAGGAGGUGGUGCGCGUCUGGUUCUGCAACCGGCGGCAGAAGGAGAAGCGCAUGACCCCUGCGGCCGGCGCGGGCCACCCGCCCAUGGACGAUGUUUACGCGCCUGGGGAGCUAGGGCCCAGCGGGGGCGGCGCAUCGCCACCCUCGGCGCCCCCGCCGCCCCCGCCGGCGGCGCUGCAUCACCACCACCACCACACACUGCCCGGCUCUGUGCAGUGACCCCGCGGGCCGGACCCCCGCCGGCGCGCUGCAGGGCGCGGGCGCGCAGCCCGCCCGCGCGGCCUGGACUCUUUUUGUUCGGUUGCUUUGGAUUUUACAAAAAAAGAAAAAAAGCCCAGAAACUUUCGAACAAAACCAAACACCCGGACGACCCUCUCCGGUGAGCGGCGAAGACGGCCAGUAGGCUGCGUCGCCCGAGCCCCGGGAGAGAGGAGCGAAGAUCCGGAACUCGCCAACUCACCCCGGGCAUCCUGCCCGUCGCCUGCUCUCUGCCCCCAUCCCCUCGACGACCCCCGCCCCUGCCCCCCGGGCUGUUCGGGGCCGGAUCCCGGCAGCGGCCUCCCCAAAGCGACAGGUAACGCGGUGCGGGGUUAGGGAUUCCCCGGGAGAGAGGACGAAGCGAGGAGAGUUCUCCAUCCCCUCUCCCGGCGUGGACUCCUGAGCCUGCGGGUCCAGGGUGGGGGGGGCUGUCACUUUAUUCGCUAGAAGCCUCUUCUCUCCUAUAAGGAUGCGCCCCACCCCCUUUUCCCCUUUCUCCGGGCUUGGUUUUUUACGGUUUUUAUUUAUUCGUGGAGCCUCUCGGCUCCUGGGGUCCUUCUAACUCCGCCCGCGCCCUUAAUUUAAAUCGCUGUAUACUGUAUUUAUCGGGGCCCCGGAGGGGAGGUCGCGAGAGCCGCGUCUGUGUAUAAAAGCAGGAAAUAGCCAAAGCUUUAAUCUAGCCUAAUUUAUUUUUCCCUUUAUCUUUGCCUACCCUCCCCUCAAAAAAAAGAAAAAAAAAGAAAAAAAAGAAAAAAAAAAACCUAACAAAAAAAAUUUCGAGUGUUCAUUUUUCGUUUCGUUUCAUCCGAGCCCCGGCUUGGUUCCCGGCCACGCGAGAGGGGUCUGCGCUCCCACACACCCAGAUGGGAAGGGACUUCUGCCCUGCUGCAGACCGACCGCCGCACGGCAGGGGCCCCUGCUCCCCGCGGGGCCCUGCCCUCCUGGCCACACCAAACGAAACUUGGAAAAGUUGGAGAGAUUUUUUUUUUAACCAGCUGUAGAAAUAAGCCGUUCCCUGAGAACCCUCCGCCUGAUUCCCUGCAGCUUCCCUCUGCUCCCUUUCCAGCCCGCCGGGAUGCGGGAUGCCAGGGGAGGCUGGGAGAAACAUUCCCCAACUUUGGUGAGGUGGGAACCAUGUAAAUAUGUGAGAUAUGUACACACUGGCGGGGAGAAGAAACAUUUUGUGCUUGGUUUUUAUUUUUGGUUUUCCGGGUUACCCUUCCUUCCUACCCUAAAGGAUUUUGUACACUGACUAAUCCGAAAAAGAUAUUUUAAUAUGAUUUCCGAAUUUCUGACCCAUCUCUAUUUAUUUUCUGGAUGUGUUUGGAGCUUCCCCUUUCUCCAUUUCUUUUUCUGUUUGUUAAGGUUUGAAUUUAAAUUUUGUUAUUUUAUUUUUAUUAUUUUUGAAACAAUGUUUCGGUGCAUUCUCUUUGUAUCUUUAUUGCAAAAAACAAAAAUAAUAAUGUAGACUGGGAAGUUCCCUUUAUAUUUAUGUUAUAGUAAAUAUUUUAUUACUCACAUAAACAUGUACCCCAGGGC